CUUUUUGCUUUGCUCUGAUGAAAACCGUCCGACAUCCACUUGUUCCCAGUCAUCCUCAAUUGACACUUCUUUACCUCUCCACUCCAAUUUUUCCCAUCUCACACAUCCCAAAUCACAAUGGCUGCUCCUCGCUGUGCUAGCAAAGCUCUCCGCGCCUCAGUGCGCCAGUUGAGCUCACAAGCUCCAGCUGUGCAAAGACGCACUUUCGUUGCUGCUACCAGUGCUGUCCGUGCUGGUGUCAAGGCUGCUCCCAAGGCUGCUGCAACUCCAUUUCAGCAGACCAGAGGAUUGAAGACUGUCGACUUUGCUGGUACCAAAGAAGAUGUUUAUGAGCGUGCUGACUGGCCGAGAGAGAAGCUCUUGGAAUACUUCAAAAAUGAUACACUUGCUAUGAUCGGUUAUGGCUCCCAGGGUCAUGGCCAGGGUCUCAACCUCCGCGAUAAUGGUCUCAACGUCAUCGUUGGUGUACGGAAAGACGGUGCCUCGUGGAAGGAGGCCCAGCAAGAUGGCUGGGUGCCCGGCAAGAAUCUCUUCGAUGUUGAUGAGGCCAUCUCAAGAGGUACCAUUAUUAUGAACCUGUUAUCCGAUGCCGCGCAGAGUGAAACCUGGCCUAAGAUUAAGCCCCAAUUGACCAAGGGCAAGACCCUGUACUUCUCUCACGGUUUCUCGCCCGUGUUCAAGGACCUCACCAAGGUUGAUGUACCCAAGGAUAUCGACGUCAUCCUCGUCGCGCCCAAGGGUUCCGGCCGUACCGUACGUACCCUCUUCCGGGAGGGCCGUGGUAUCAACUCCUCCGUAGCCGUCUACCAAGAUAUCACCGGUAAGGCUGAGGAGAAGGCCGUCGCUCUUGGUGUUGCUGUCGGCAGUGGAUACCUCUACAAGACGACCUUUGAAAAGGAGGUCUACUCCGACUUGUACGGUGAGCGUGGCUGUCUGAUGGGUGGAAUCCACGGCAUGUUCCUCGCUCAAUACGAAGUCCUCCGUGAACGUGGCCACUCGCCGUCUGAGGCCUUCAACGAGACUGUUGAAGAGGCUACCCAAUCCCUCUACCCCUUGAUCGGCCAGAAUGGUAUGGACUACAUGUACGCAGCCUGCUCGACCACUGCCCGUCGUGGUGCCAUCGACUGGAGCAAGCGCUUCAAGGAUACUCUCAAGCCCGUUUUCAAGGACCUGUACGACAGUGUUGAGAACGGCACUGAAACCAAGAGGUCCCUCGACUACAACAGCCGCCCCGACUACCGCGAGCUGUACCAGAAGGAGAUGGACGAGAUCGCAAACCUUGAGAUCUGGAGAGCCGGUAAGGCGGUCCGCUCUCUCCGCCCUGAAAAUUCCAAGUAGAUGGGAUGGUCUCGGUCUAGGAGGAUCAGGAUUGGCCAUAAAUUGUUAAAUCGUGGCAUCAGUUUGCGGUGUCAUUGGCAUGAAGAUUGAAAAUAUAUCUCCUUAUGUAGCUGCCUUUCAGUAGGCUUUGAGCUUUUAGGUCACGGACGGAGGCGUCUCUUGUAUGUAUGUAUGUAGAUACCGGCUGCAAUUUGAGCAAAAAGUUUCUUAAUAUUCGUUGCUUGCGCAGGUCGUCGUAGACACAUAUCAUCGAUCAUGCUCAUCAAUCACAACCCUAAUCCCAUUCGCCGUUAUCGCCAAAG